GCUCCAAUGCUUUGUUUCUAUGGCAGAGUUUGGUGGCAAAUGUCCUGCUGACCCUCUUCCAUGUGAGGAACUGUGUGAUGGUGAUGAGUCCUGUCCCCAAGGGCAUAAGUGCUGCAGCACUGGCUGUGGCCAUACCUGCCGUGGAGACAUUAAGGGAGGGCAGGGCGGUGACUGUCCAAAAGUUCUGGUGGGCCUGUGCAUUGUCACCUGCAUGAUGGAUGAGAACUGUCAAGCUGGAGAAAAGUGUUGCAAGUCGGGCUGUGGCCGCUUCUGUGUCCCACUGGUCCUGCCACCUAGAUUGACCAUGAACCCCAAUUGGACCAUCAGGUCUGAUUCUGAAUUAAAGACCCCAGCGUCCUAGCUGUACUGAUUUGUCUGGAGCUUUUUUGGCAGCUCUGCUGGGUUACACUUGGCAGUCAAAAGAGGAUGACGUGCUGGGGUUUGUGAUACUCAUGACCCUCUUUGCUUCUCCUCCUGCUGCUUGAAGCAUGGGAACAGCCCUGGGAUUGGGCAGUAGGUGUGUGGUGCUUCUCUACUCCUCUCUCUCUCUUUCUUUUGCAGUUUUAAUGGUGUUAUUUAAACACAAAUAAAUUGUGCACAUG